AUGGAUUCUUUGCUAGCGAAUUACGCGUCAUCGGAUGAGGAACAAGAACAGGAAAAUCAGCAACAGCAGAAGCCAAAACUACCAGAAAAAUCUGUGGAUCCUCAAAAAGUGAAGGUAGAAGGUGAAGGAGAAAAAGAUUUUCUAUCAAAACCAUCCAGGAAAAUCUCCGAUUCCCUCCCACCUCCGAAAUCGUCUCUCUUUAAUUCGCUACCUCCACCCAAAUCCCACCUCGCACAGACCCCAUUUGAUUUCAAGGAACCCUCUGUGCCAAAACCCCUAUCGCAAUUUAAACAAGAAGAGCUAGAUGAAAUCCCAGAAAAUAGGAACCCUAAAUCGUCUUCUACUUCGUUGUUUUCUUCACUUCCUCAACCCAAAUCGUCAUCGUCGUCAUUUUCUUCUUCUCUAUUUUCUUCACUUCCGCCACCAAAAUCCGGUAUUUCCGAAGCCCGUCAAGUCCUCCCAAGUUCCAUGACUUCAUCUGCUUCUUUUGAUUCUAAUUCGAAAAGGGUUGUUCAAUUUAGGCCUCCGCCAAUUGUUAAUCCUUUUUCGAAUAAAGCUAAGGAUGAAGAGGAGGAUUCAGAUGAGGACGAGAAAGAAAAACAACGAAAAAAGUCGAAAGAGUCUGUUUCUACUUCAUCUGUGAAGUCGUUUUUAUCAAGUAUUCCUGCACCCAAGAACUCAACUACAUUGGGUACUUUUCCUUCAGCUUUGGGUACUGGUAGGAGAUCUAUGCUUGAAACUGAUGCUUCUGCAUCAAAUUUAAAUAGCGUUGGUACUAUGGGGAGUGAUGCGGAUGUGAAAUCCAGUAUAGGAUAUUCAGAAAAUCAGUCUGGUGAUGGGUCAUCGUUGAGUUAUGAUCAUUCUAAUGUGAAUUCAGGGAGUGAGAGCUAUGCAAAUUAUGAUGGCUACAGUGCUGGUUAUGAUGAUAGUGUUGGAACUGGUGAAGGUGUUCAUUAUUCGAAUUGGAAUGGGCAAACUGGGGAUUAUACAAAUUAUGGUGCGGGUUAUGGGGACGAUGGGCAGUAUGAGAGUAACUGGAUUGAUGGGUCCGGUUCAACUGCAGUGGCCGAGGGAUCGGGAUUGGCUGAAAGUGGAUUGCAAGUGCCUGGGAAGAGGGGUAGGAAUGAUGCUCCAGAGCAGAUUGUUGAGGUGAGGCAGGAUGAGUUGUUGAAAAAUCGGCCAAGGGAAGACCAAGCCAAAUUAACUGGGAUUGCUUUUGGCCCUGCGUACAAGCCCGCUUCAACCAAGGGUAAGCCUUCAAAGCUACAUAAAAGGAAGCAUCAAAUUGGUUCCUUACUUUACGAUCUGAGACAGAAAGAGAUGGAGCUUGCAGAGCGACGUGCCAAAGGUUUCCUUACUAAAGCACAAACACAUGCAAAAUAUGGAUGGUAA